AUGUUUGACCCAGCUAUUAAGCUGCAGAACCUGGGGCGGCUCGCGGUCAUCCAACAUUAUCAUCAACUGUAUAGGCAUCUACCUCAUGGUGACCUUCUCAAGCGUGAUGCGUUAAUCUCUGCAUUCACAACGUGGGUGGUGAACGCCAACUCCGGCCCGGUACUCGAAUCUACGAGGCGUACUGCCACUAGAGUCAGCGCAGAGGCUAGUGCUGUCACCUGUGGUCCAUCAGUAUCGUCGAAGUCUCAAGAUAAACUUGACGGCGCCCCUACUAGGCGCCGCAGCCUAACCGAUAAAGUUCUGGAUCGUUCGGUUCUCCCACAAUAUCUUCCUCCCGAUAUGGGGAAUGAUCUCGUUUGCAGGGUGACAAAUGAGGUUGAUAAAUAUUUAAGUCUUGAAGCUCACGGGACCGAUUAUCAGCAAUUCUGGACCGUCCUCGCUCGCGAGGAGUUUCCACUGAUAGCCCACGCUGCAGUUGGUGUGCAGCACACGUUGCUAUCUACUGCAAACGUUGAGAGCCUGUUCUCGCAGAUUCGUGAACAGAUCUCUGUUCGCCGUACUUCAAUGGAAUGUGACCUUAUCAAGGCAGCUAUGGUGACCUACUAUGCACGCAUCUAUUGGGCCGCUCAAUCUAGCCAUGGAAUCCAAGCCAUGGAUUUUUGCUCCUUGGAGCGACUCCAAUGGAACCGCCAGUUACUUGCUCAAUCAGUGGAUAAUAUUCACGUAGCUGUUUUAGCUGGCAUGCCUAACUAA